AUGCGUCUUUACGCGUAUAACUAGUCUUAACGCAGUCGUAUUAAAACGGCUGGCAAAAUGCAGUAUAAUCGACAUCGUGUCCGCAUGAAAGCUUUUUGCUGGUGAUUUCCCCCCCACUCUUGAUAGAUGACUUCUCGAAAGGGGGACAACAACUGGACACUUUGGACUUUUAUUUAUUACUCGGCUCCAAAAAUAAAACUGUAGACGGAUAUCAGACUCGAAUGUUUCCCAGUCGUUGAGAUUAUUCGUUGCUCAGCUGAACAUUCACCUCGGAGGGAAAGCGGGGAGUGAUACUUGAACCUCAUGCCUCCUCAAAGCCGUUCAUGAGUCAAGCCUUCCUCCACACCAACAGACCAGCAUGGAGAAAGGGGUCCGAACACGACUAGAAACAGGAGCGGCAGAUGAGAAAGACCCUCUUACUCAAGGGAAGACCCCAUUAGCGGGGAGUGCGGACUUGGGACAUGAAUUUUGCAAACGUAAUGGUUUGAUCAAUACCCACAACUUAAUGGUGGAGAAUAAGGAAGGACUGGUGUCGGUCUAUUCUGCCCCGCAGUACCAGGGCCAUGUGGUGUCCAAGGACAUAAAUGGGACACCGGAUGUUCGAGGACCCCCACAGUUGCUCAACCCCAGCGCCCUGCCCCAGGCUAUAGACCACUACUACAGACCCAGCCUCCUUCUGUACCCCGAGAGCGUGUUGAGAGCAUGGGGAGAGGGGGGGGACUGCUGCGAGACCACCUUCAUUGAGGAGAUGACCCCUGCCUCGUGCGGCUCCGCCGUCGCUAAAGAUGGAAUUCUGUUCACCGACAGCAAGCUUCUGGAUCUCUCAAUGGAAGACGCCAAGAUCCAGACGCUCUGCUAUGAUGUAGAUGAAGACGAUGAUGAAUUUCAGGAACUCGAGAGUGAGUACUCAAGUGACUCAGAGAGUGAAGACAAUUUCCUCCUGAUGCCUCCGAGGGACCACCUGGGCCUCAGUGUUUUCUCCAUGAUCUGCUGUUUCUGGCCCCUGGGCAUUGCAGCUUUCUACCUGUCUCACGAGACUAACAAAGCGGUGACUAAAGGAGACUUUCACCACGCCAGCUCCAGCUCCAGACGUGCGCUCUUCCUCGCCGUACUGUCCAUCACCAUCGGGACUGGCAUCUACGUGGGUGUGGCUGUGGCCCUUAUCGCAUACCUCUCCAAAAACAAUCACUUGUAGCCUUCCCAUGCCCAAAACCACUCUCACGGUCGGAUAAAGACUGGUUAAUUUUGGGAUCAGCUUUUUGGGAAAACACCCAAUGGUCACGAUACAGGACUCACCAGCAAUGUGUUCCACUCCUGCACUUUUAAAAGUCGUUUCCAUUUCGUUGGGAAGAUCAUUGUUUGUGUAAACUGUCUUGAUCACUUUUCUGCGUUUUCAUGUGAACGUGCCGCCACCACUAUUGUUUUUUUCUUUGCGCUCAGUGUUUGUGCAAGUGCAACUACACACAAGAUUUUGGCCAAGUUAAAGUCGAUAUGAAAUCAAAAUGGGCCUGAUUUAUUUUCUUAAUGCAUGUUCUUAAAAAUAGUUCUUCCAUAUUGUGCACGUUUUUCCAAAAAAAUUAUUCACCAAAAUGGAUUUAUUUGCUCUGCCACUGCACAACUUUCCUUUUUGUCAUCAGAUGGAUGGCCAAUCCAGGCAAUUUCCAAUGGAUGAAAUCAGGGGCCGGUUGCACCAGCUGUGCGCAAGUUACAUUGCCUAAUUUUGAUGUUAAAGCGCAUUAAAUUACAACUUAGGCACUAUUAAAUAUUUUUGAAUUGCACCAACUCUACGUA